GGCCAACUCCAGCAGUCAGUUUCAAUCGAAUCGCGAGGCGGCCAACAUGUUUUGAGAAAACGAGCUCUCGCCGAAACGAACGAAGUCGUUGCCACUAACACACAGUCGCGCCAAGUGCCAAGUUUAAAAAUCCAAUCACCAAACUACCAACUACCAAUUAUACACAGUUGGAAAAAUCACGAAAAGCAAAGAAACGUAAAAGUGCAAAAAUCGCUAAGUGCUAACCGCAAAAACGCAAAACGCCGGCUCACUCAAGGAUUACGGGCAAUCGGGCUGCGGAAAAAGCGAUCGAAAAAUGAAAACCAGAAAGUGACCGAGUUGUGCACCACACUCAACCACCACCCACAACCACCCACAUAGCCGCAAAGGCUACAAAUAAAAUUAACAAAUAACACAAAUUCAAGUUAAGUAAGCCAACUAGCAAAUCACCGAAAUGCCAGCCAUCAGCAUAAAUUUCGCCGCCUGCCUGUUGCUUCUCGUGGCUCUUGCGCAUGCGCAGCAGUGCAACUGGCAGUACGGCCUCACUACGAUGGACAUCCGGUGCAGUGUUCGUGCUCUGGAGUCGACGGGCUCGCCGCUCGAUCUCCAAGUGGCGGAGGCGGCCGGCCGCCUGGAGGUGCAGUGCAGCCAGGAGCUGUUGCACGCCAGCGAACUGGCGCCCGGACUCUUCCGGCAGCUGCAGAAGCUCUCGGAGCUGCGGAUCGACUCUUGCAAGCUGCAGCGAGUGCCACCGAACGCCUUCGACGGCCUCAUGUCGCUCAAGCGUCUCUCCCUGGAGUCCCACAAUUCGGUCUGGGGUCCAGGAAAAACGUUAGAACUCCAUGGCCAAUCCUUCCAGGGAUUGAAGGAGUUGUCCGAGCUCCAUUUGGCCGACAACAACAUUCGCCAGCUGCCCGAGGGCGUCUGGUGCUCCAUGCCCAGCCUGCAGCUGCUCAAUCUCACCCAGAAUCGGAUCCGGUCGGCCGAGUUCCUUGGCUUCUCCGAGAAGCUCUGCGCCGGUUCGGCCCUGAGCAAUGCCAAUGGAGCGGUGAGCGGAGGUUCGGAGCUCCAGGCCCUGGAUGUCUCCUUCAACGAGCUCCGUUCGCUGCCGGACGCCUGGGGAGCGUCCCGCUUGAGGCGCCUCCAGACCCUCAGCCUGCAGCACAACAACAUCAGCAGCCUGGCCCCCAAUGCCCUGGCCGGCCUGAGUUCCCUGCGAGUGCUGAACAUCUCGUACAACCACCUGGAGUCGCUGCCCUCGGAGGCCUUUGCCGGUAACAAGGAGCUGCGGGAACUGCACCUGCAGGGCAACGAUCUGUACGAUCUGCCGAAGGGUCUGCUGCACCGCCUGGAACAGCUGCUGGUGCUCGACCUGAGUGGCAACCAGCUGACCAGCCACCACGUGGACAACAGCACCUUCGCCGGGCUCAUCCGCCUGAUUGUGCUGAACCUCUCGAACAACGCACUCACCCGCAUCGGAGCCAAGACCUUCAAGGAGCUGUACUUCCUGCAGAUCCUGGACAUGCGCAACAACUCCAUCGGCCACAUCGAGGAGGGCGCCUUCCUGCCGCUGUACAACCUGCACACCCUCAACCUCGCCGAGAACCGCCUGCACACGCUGGACAACCGCAUCUUCAACGGACUCUACGUGCUGACCAAACUCACGCUGAACAACAACCUCGUGAGCAUCGUGGAGACGCAGGCCUUCCGCAACUGUUCCGACCUCAAGGAACUGGAUCUCAGCUCCAACCAGCUGACGGAAGUGCCCGAGGCUGUGCAGGAUUUGAGCAUGCUGAAGACCCUGGAUCUGGGCGAGAACCAGAUCUCGGACUUCAAGAACAACACCUUCCGCAAUCUGAAUCAGCUGACGGGUCUGCGCUUGAUCGACAACCGGAUUGGCAACAUCACCGUGGGCAUGUUCCAGGAUCUGCCGCGACUGAGUGUGCUCAAUCUGGCCAAGAACCGCAUCCAGAGCAUCGAGCGGGGCGCCUUCGACAAGAACACCGAGAUUGAGGCCAUCCGCUUGGACAAGAACUUCCUCACCGACAUCAACGGAAUCUUCGCCACUCUGGCCUCUCUCCUCUGGCUGAAUCUCUCCGAGAAUCACCUGGUGUGGUUCGACUACGCCUUCAUUCCCUCGAACCUCAAGUGGCUGGACAUCCAUGGCAACUACAUCGAGGCCCUGGGCAACUACUACAAGCUGCAGGAGGAGAUCCGAGUGACCACACUGGAUGCCUCGCACAACCGCAUCACGGAGAUCGGAGCCAUGUCGGUGCCGAACUCCAUUGAGCUGCUCUUCAUCAACAACAACAUCAUCGGCCAGAUCCAGGCCAACACCUUCGUGGACAAGACCCGGCUGGCCCGCGUGGAUCUCUACGCCAAUGUGCUGUCCAAGAUCUCGCUGAAUGCCCUGCGUGUGGCUCCCGUUUCCGUGGAGAAACCAGUUCCCGAGUUCUACCUGGGCGGCAAUCCCUUCGAGUGCGACUGCUCGAUGGAGUGGCUGCAGCGCAUCAACAACCUGACCACCCGCCAGCAUCCGCACGUUGUGGACCUGGCCAACAUCGAGUGCUUGAUGCCACACAGUCGCAGUGCUCCUCUGCGUCCGCUGGCCACCUUGUCCGCCUCGGACUUCGUUUGCAAGUACGAGAGCCACUGCCCGCCAACUUGCCACUGCUGCGAGUACGAGCAGUGCGAGUGCGAGGUGAUCUGCCCCGGCAACUGCAGCUGCUUCCACGACGCCACCUGGGCCACCAACAUCGUGGACUGUGGCCGCCAGGACCUGGCCUCCCUGCCCAACCGCAUUCCCAUGGACGUCAGCGAUCUCUACUUGGAUGGCAACAACAUGCAGGAGUUGGAGGUCGGCCACUUGGUGGGUCGUCGCAACCUGCGCGCUCUCUACUUGAAUGCCUCCAACCUGAUGACCCUCCAGAAUGGCAGCUUGGCUCAGCUGGUCAACCUGCGAGUGCUCCAUCUGGAGAACAACAAGCUUACCGCCUUGGAGGGCACCGAAUUCCGCUCGCUGGGACUUCUCAGGGAACUCUACCUGCACAACAACAUGCUGAGCCACAUCUCGAAUGCCACCUUUGAGCCUCUGGUUUCCCUGGAGGUUCUCCGACUGGACAACAACCGCCUGAGCUCCCUGCCCAACCUGCAGUACCGCCACAGUCUUCAGGGAUUGACUCUGGGCAGGAAUGCCUGGUCAUGUCGCUGCCAGCAGCUGAGGGAACUAGCUCAAUUCGUUUCCGAUAAUGCGAUGGUUGUGCGGGACUCCCACGACAUCUACUGCUUGGAUGCGGGCAUCAAGCGGGAGCUGGAGCUCAUUGGCAACCUGGCCAACGGACCCGACUGCUCGGAGCUGCUCGAUGCCAGUGCCAGCAACAUCAGCUCCUCGCAGGAUCUGGCUGGAGGCUAUAGGUUGCCCCUAUUGGCAGCUGUGCUGGUGCUCAUCUUCCUGGUCGUCGUGCUCAUCAUUGUCUUCGUCUUCCGGGAAAGCGUUCGCAUGUGGCUCUUUGCCCACUACGGAGUCAGGGUUUGUGAACCGCGCUUCGAGGACGCCGGCAAGCUGUACGACGCCAUCAUCCUCCAUUCGGAGAAGGACUACGAGUUCGUCUGCCGCAACAUCGCCGCCGAAUUGGAGCACGGUCGUCCGCCCUUCCGUCUCUGCAUUCAGCAGAGGGAUCUUCCCCCCCAGGCUUCCCACUUGCAGCUGGUUGAAGGAGCCCGCGCCUCGAGGAAGAUCAUCCUGGUGCUGACCCGCAACCUCCUGGCCACCGAAUGGAACCGGAUCGAGUUUCGCAACGCCUUCCACGAAUCGCUGAGGGGCUUGGCCCAGAAGCUGGUCAUCAUCGAGGAGACGAGCGUCUCCGCCGAGGCGGAGGAUGUGGCGGAGCUGUCGCCCUACCUGAAGUCGGUGCCCUCGAACCGCCUGCUCACCUGCGACCGGUACUUCUGGGAGAAGCUGCGCUACGCCAUCCCCAUCGAGCUGUCGCCGCGGGGCAACAACUACACGCUGGAUCACCACGAGCGCUUCAAGCAGCCGGUGUCGCCGGGCAUGAUCUUCCGGCAGGCGCCACCACCGCCGGCCUACUACUGCACCGAGGACAUGGAGGCCAACUACAGCUCGGCCACCACGGCCACGCCCUCGCCUCGCCCCACGCGCCCCGGCGGCGCCGCCCGCAUCGUGGACUCCAUGCCGAUGCCCAUGCGUCCGCCGUCGGAGCACAUCUACCACAGCAUCGAGUCGGAGUACAGUGCGUACGACCAGCACGAGGCGCUCUCCAUGAUUCCCACGGGUCUGAUGCACCACCAGCAGCAGCAGCAGUUGCGACUGCAGCAACAGCAGCAGCAGCAGCAACGACUGUUGCAGCCGCAAUUCCGGGCAAUGCCGCAGCAGGCAAUGCCGGUGGCUUCGGCGCCGGUGCACCUGCGCAGUGGCAGUGGUUUGAGCCAGGCCAGCACCAGCACCCAAUCCACAGCCCAGGCUUCCACUUCCGCAGCAGCGGCACAGCAGCAACACCAGCAGCAGCAGCAGCAGCAACAGGCAGCUGGUGGCAGCGAAGCGGCCAAUAAGAACGGCCAGGCUUUCCUGGUUUAAGCUCAACCACCUCUCCCCUCUCCUCUCCUCACCGAAUGAAUGGCCAUCUCUUUCAACCUCGCAGCGUUUCGCGGCGCAGGAGCGGCCAUCUUGAAGCUGAUCGCUCACUGGCGCAGAAAAUAACUGAGAACAAGGACUCGUCGAGUGGAGGAAGCAGAAAACAGGACGCACACCAACACACACAAACACACUCACAUCCAAAACAAAAAGACUUCUUCGUAGGCAUUUCUCGAACCACAAUAUAUUUAUACGUAUUUUUUUUCGUCAAGCAAUUCGCCUUUGGAUGUUGUGGUUGUUGUUGACGUUUCGUAGUUGUGUAGCACUGCCAAAAAACAAAAAAGAAAAACAAAAAUGGAAAAAGGAGAAAAGAACGCACAAGACACGCCCACACAUUCAUAUACGAGCAUAUAGGAAUAAUAUUAUUAUUAUAAAAUAAUUAACAUAAACGUAAAACAAACAAUUACUAGAAAUGUUGCAGAAACACUUUCAAAUUCAAUGUGAUAUACUAAUUAACUAUAAUUAAAUCGGCACAUGCGAAUAUGCCUCUAACUGUAAUGCGUAGACCUAUAUAGUAGUUCUAGCCAGGCGUAAAGAACGUAAACCUAAAACUAAACUAAACUAUUGUUAACUAUAACUAAAAGUAAUGCUAAAGAGAAAUACACACAUUCGUUCGCAUCCAGUUGAUCGUGUUUGUCGAUUCAUUCAUCCUAAGCUACACGAAACAAUAACUAAAUGAAUAUUUAAUAAACCUAAUUGUAUAUAGAACAAUCGCAAGAGCCACCACAUUUAGAGCACUUAAUGUAUUUAUGUAUCGUACUGUAUAGAGAUGAGGGAGCUAAAUUAAUUGAAUUAAAUUUACUUAAUGACGAAAUGUAUUAUUAAAUUAAUUAUUACAAUUACAUAAAACCAGCCAGAAAAAUAUAUCUGCGAAAAUAAAAUGCAAAAACAUUAA